UGGCUAAGGAAGAAGACAAGACCUUCAUCAUCCAAUUUUGAUCCCCCUCAUCUUUUACAGAUAAGAUAAGAGAGAGAGCACUUCUUCACCCAUUCCAUAAUCGUCUUGUCCACCAUGGAGACAAUCUCCUACAUCUCCCUGUUCCUUUCUCUUCUCAUCCUCUUCAUCAAACUCCUCUUCUUCUCCAAGAACAAGAAGAACCUUCCACCAAGCCCUCCCUCCCUCCCCUUCAUCGGCCACCUCCAUCUAUUCAAGAAACCUCUCCACCUCACCCUCGCCCGCCUCUCCAACCUCUACGGUCCCAUCCUCCGCCUCCGCUUCGGCUCCCGUCCAGUCCUCGUCAUCUCCUCCCCUUCCCUCAUCGACGAGUGCCUCUCUAAGAACGACAUCACCUUCGCCAACCGUCCCCGCCUCCCCUCCUUGAAGCACAUAAGUUACAACUACACCUCCCUCGGCGGCGCUAGCUAUGGGCCCUACUGGCGCAACCUUCGCCGCAUCACCACCAUCGAGCUCCUCUCCACCCACCGCCUCCAGUCCUUAACCGACAUCCGAGCCAACGAGGUCCAGGCCAUGGUUCGACAGCUCUUCCGAGACUGGAAGGCCUCGUCGGCGGAAGGCUUUACGAAGGUGGAGCUCAAGUCAAGGCUGUUCGCACUAUCCCUGAACGUCCUCACCAGGAUGAUCACAGGGAAGAGGUACUACGGGGAGGAGGAAGAGGAGGCCUCCGAGGAGGCGAGACGGUUCAGGGAGUUAGUAGAGGAAGGUUCCUCCUUGAUCGGAGCAUCAAAUCUUAGUGACUUCCUGCCGGUGCUGAGGUGGGUUGAUUACCAGGGAGUUAACAAGAGGUUGGUGACGGUGCAAAAAGGGAGGGAUGAGUUCAUGCAGAGACUGAUAGAUGAGCAUAGGAGCAAAAGCAGGGAGGAAGGAGUGGAGAAAAAGACCAUGAUGGGUGUAUUGUUAUCGCUACAGAAGACGGAUCCCGAGUACUACACCGAUGAGAUGAUCAAAUCUCUUGGCGUGG